CACCAAGAAAACUCAUAAAAAAAGAGGCGGACAGGAGAGAGAAAACACAGUGUUGUGAUUUGUGAAGUCCGGAUUAAAAGGGAGACUACUGUGCCUCCUCCGUUUUCCUCUUCUUCCCUUCUGCAGCUCUCCUCUUCUUCUUCCUCCCAAACGGCCAGCGGCGCGCAGCGUCACAGAUUUUACAGGGGAAAGAGAGGAGGAGAUGGGGAGGGAGGAGAGGUUCCCGGUGUGGGAGGCGGCACUGCUCGCCGGCGUCGCGGCCGCCUUUGCCACGGGUCUCGUCGGCGUCUACCUCUCCAUGCCUCAUUCGGACUACAGCUUCCUCAAGCUGCCCAAGAACCUCCAGGAGCUCCAAAUCCUCACGGAUCAUCUCGAGGACUACACGAGCGACUACACCGUGCAGGUGCUGGUGGGCUAUUGUGCCGUGUACAUCUUCAUGCAGACGUUCAUGAUCCCAGGAACCAUAUUCAUGUCCCUCCUUGCCGGAGCACUCUUUGGCCAGCUUGGUGGUGUUGCCCUUGUGGUCUUUGCCGCCACGGCUGGAGCUUCUUCAUGCUACUUCCUGUCUAAGCUGAUUGGGAAACCGUUGGUCUUCUCAUUGUGGCCGGACAAACUUGGGUUCUUUCAGAAGCAGGUUGCAAAAAGGAGAGAGAAGCUGUUGAAUUACAUGCUUUUCCUUAGAGUAACUCCAACAUUGCCCAAUACUUUCAUCAAUUUAGCGUCGCCGAUAGUGGAUGUGCCCUACCAUAUUUUCUUCCUGGCAACCUUUAUUGGACUAAUCCCAGCUGCCUAUGUGACUGUCAGGGCUGGAAUAGCUUUGGGAGACUUGAGCUCAUUGAGUGACCUAUAUGAUAAACAAUCAAUAGCACUGUUGUUCUUGAUUGGGGUUGUUUCGGUGACACCGACAUUGUUGGGCAAGAACGAGAAGCAACAAGGCAAAGGGCCAGAAAUGGUAGCUAGCAGUAGCUGAUCACUUGCACGCGAACUCCUUCUCACCUCCCCUUCUGUGUACAUAUGAAGAUCCUGCAUUUGGUUGCUUCCAUGGCCUUUGUUUGGAUCGGUGCAACUUAUGGCCGGCCAAAGGGCAACAGAACAUGGCAAGGGCCCCUCUUUCUUUCUCCACUUGUGGAACCCUUUGUGCAUGGUGCUGCGAAAGGGACACCUCACUGUCACAACAUUAUGAUUCUGGGGAACAAGAUGGGCCACCAGAGCUAAAAUGACCCAUUUGUUCUGUUUAACAUCUUGUUUAGAUCGAAGGAACAGCUGAUCUUAUCAUCAUUGUAUAUGCACUGCUAACCAGAUUCAGUUUUUCAUGGAACCUUGUCUUAGUGAUCUGUGAAUCUGUCCAUGAAAUGGUCUGUUUGGGCGCGGAA